AUGGCUCCGAUCGCUACCAGCCGGGAAGAAUUUGAUGAAAUCCCCACAAUGGUGGGGAUCUUCAGUGCAUUUGGCCUGGUCUUCACAGUCUCUCUGUUUGCAUGGAUCUGCUGUCAGAGAAAAUCAUCCAAAUCUAACAAGACUCCUCCAUAUAAGUUUGUGCAUGUGCUAAAGGGAGUUGAUAUUUACCCUGAAAACCUAAACAGCAAAAAGAAGUUUGGAGCAGAUGAGAAAAAUGAAGUAAAGAAUAAACCAGCUGGGCCAAAUAGUUCUUUGCGUCUUGAUCUUGAGAAGAGAGAUCUAAAUGGCAAUUUUCCCAAAACAAACCUCAAAGCUGGCAGUCCUUCUGACCUGGAGAAUGUGACCCCAAAGCUCUUUUCAGAAGGGGAAAAAGAGGCAGUUUCCCCUGAUAGCUUAAAGUCCAGCACUUCUCUUACUUCAGAUGAGAAACAAGAGAAGCUGGGAACCCUCUUCUUCUCCUUAGAGUAUAACUUUGAGAAGAAAGCAUUUGUGGUAAAUAUUAAAGAAGCCCGUGGCUUGCCAGCCAUGGAUGAGCUGUCGAUGACCUCUGAUCCAUACAUCAAAAUGAUGAUUCUCCCAGAGAAGAAGCAUAAAGUGAAAACCAGAGUUCUGAGAAAGACCUUGGACCCAGCUUUUGAUGAGACCUUUACAUUCUAUGGAAUACCCUACACCCAGAUCCAAGAGUUGGCCUUGCACUUCACAAUCUUGAGUUUUGACAGGUUUUCAAGAGAUGAUAUAAUUGGAGAAGUCCUUAUUCCUCUCACAGGAAUUGAAUUAACUGAUGGAAAAAAGUUAAUGAACAGAGAGAUUAUCAAGAGAAAUGUUAGGAAGUCUUCGGGACGUGGUGAGUUACUGAUCUCUCUCUGCUAUCAGUCCAUCACAAAUACUCUCACUGUGGUUGUUUUAAAAGCUCGGCACCUGCCUAAAUCUGAUGUGUCUGGACUUUCAGAUCCCUAUGUCAAAGUGAACCUGUACCAUGCCAAAAAGAGAAUCUCCAAAAAGAAGACUCAUGUGAAGAAAUGCACCCCCAAUGCAGUGUUCAAUGAACUGUUUGUCUUUGACAUUCCCUGUGAGGGUCUUGAAGAGAUAAGUGUUGAAUUUCUGGUUUUGGAUUCUGAAAGGGGAUCCCGAAAUGAGGUGAUUGGGCGGUUGGUCCUGGGAGCAGCAGCAGAAGGAGCCAGUGGAGAACACUGGAAGGAGAUUUGUGACUAUCCCAGGAGACAAAUUGCCAAGUGGCAUGUGCUCUGUGAUGGUUAG